AUCAGAGACAUUGAGAGGCAAAAUCGGAAAAAAGAAAACAUUCGUCUUUUGGGAGAACAGAUUAUUUUGACUGAGCAACUUGAAGCAGAAAGAGAGAAGACGUUAUUGGCAAAGGAUCUCAAAAAACAUGACUUGAAAUGAAUGUGGAAUAUUGAUGGGACAGAUAAUGUUGAGUGUGUAUGUGUGUGAGUGUGUUGAUGGAGAAUAGCUUAGUGAGAUCUUCAACCUUUUUUUUUGUCACUGUCCUUUUAAACUCGAUCAAGUAAAAAGACAGUGGGCCAUGUAUUCUAAAUUAUUACUUUAAAAGUUCUCUAUAUCUGAGUAGAAAAGUGGGCUGACACUUCUGAAGAGUUUCUUUCUGUUUGUGUAAUCCUGAUAGAAGCUGCUUUAAGCUUGGUGUCCAGAUCUUAGGAUUGUUAUGAAAAGCACUUCUGACCUUUGAGAAGGAAGGGAUGGAUAGUAACAUCCAUUUGGGUAGUUUGAUAAGUCGCCACGAUGAUGAAGCCACAAGAACAUCUACGUCAGAAGGACUGGAGGAGGGUGAAGUGGAGGGGGAGACUCUGCUGCUUGUUGAAUCCGAGGACCAGGCAUCAGUGGACCUGUCUCAUGAUCAGAGUGGAGAUUCCCUUAACAGUGAUGAGGGAGAUGUGUCCUGGAUGGAGGAGCAGCUGUCCUACUUCUGUGACAAGUGUCAAAAGUGGAUACCUGCUAGUCAGCUGAGGGAACAGCUCAGUUACCUUAAGGGUGAUAAUUUUUUUAGGUUUACUUGUUCCGACUGCUCAGAAGAUGGCAAGGAGCAGUAUGAAAGGCUGAAGCUAACAUGGCAGCAAGUUGUCAUGUUGGCAAUGUACAACUUGUCUCUGGAAGGAAGUGGACGUCAAGGUUAUUUCAGAUGGAAAGAGGAUAUCUGCGCUUUUAUUGAGAAACAUUGGACUUUUUUACUAGGGAAUAGGAAAAAGACUUCGACGUGGUGGAGCACAGUAGCAGGUUGCCUCAGCGUGGGAAGUCCUAUGUACUUCCGUUCAGGUGCUCAAGAAUUCGGAGAACCAGGAUGGUGGAAACUUGUUCACAACAAGCCCCCGACAAUGAAACCUGAAGGAGAGAAGUUGUCUGUCUCUACUUUGAAAGUAAAAGCAGCUUCAAAACCAACUUUAGACCCCAUCAUUACUGUCGAGGGACUUAGAAAACGGGCAAGUCGCAAUCCUGUGGAAUCUGCCAUGGAAUUAAAAGAGAAAAGGUCUCGUACUCAGGAAGCAAAAGACAUUAGAAGAGCCCAGAAGGAAGCAGCUGGCUUUCUUGACAGGAGCACUUCUUCGACCCCUGUAAAAUUCAUCAGCCGAGGCCGCAGGCCUGAUGUGAUUCUAGAAAAAGGAGAAGUGAUUGACUUUUCAUCCUUGAGCUCCUCUGACCGCACUCCCUUGACCAGCCCGUCUCCUUCUCCAUCUCUGGAUUUUUCUGCCCCCGGGACCCCCGCCUCUCAUUCAGCCACCCCCAGCUUGCUUUCAGAAGCAGAUCUGAUUCCAGAUGUGAUGCCACCACAAGCCUUGUUUCACGAUGAUGAUGAGAUGGAAGGUGAUGGAGUCAUAGACCCAGGGAUGGAGUAUGUUCCGCCCCCUGCCGGGUCAGCAGCUUCUGGGACAGUGGUCGGGGGCAGAAAGAAGGUCAGAGCACCUGAACAGAUAAAGCAGGAGGUCGAGAGUGAGGAGGAAAAACCUGACAGGAUGGACAUUGACAGCGAAGACACAGAUUCCAACACAUCUUUGCAAACAAGGGCUCGGGAAAAGAGGAAGCCACAGCUGGAGAAGGACAGGAAACCCAAAGGACCCAAGUAUACCCCUGUGAGCAUCUACGAGGAGAAGCUGCUUCUGAAGAGGCUGGAAGCUUGUCCCAGGGCCGUUGCCAUGACACCGGAAGCUCGGAGACUGAAGCGUAAACUGAUUGUCAGACAAGCGAAGAGGGAUAGGGGAUUACCACUUUUUGACUUGGAUCAAGUUGUUAAUGCUGCUCUUCUGUUAGUUGAUGGGAUUUAUGGAGCCAAAGAAGGAGUUUCCCGGCUUCCUGCUGGCCAAGCCACGUACAGAACCACCUGUCAGGACUUCAGAAUCCUUGACCGAUACCAGACUGCCUUGCCAUCCAGGAAAGGAUUUCGGCACCAAAGCACCAAGUUUUUGUAUCGUUUGGUGGGAUCGGAAGAUUUGGCUGUGGACCAGAGUAUUGUCAGCCCUUACACGUCUCGCAUCUUGAAACCGUACAUCAGGCGUGAUUAUGAAACAAAGCCGCCCAAACUGCAACUCCUGUCACAGAUUCGUUCUCACCUGCACAGAAGUGACCCUCACUGGACGCCUGAGCCUGAUGCACCUCUCGAUUACUGCUAUGUCCGGCCAAAUCACAUCCCAACGAUAAACUCUAUGUGUCAGGANCCCAGGAAGAGUUCUAUGAAGGCCUGGUCUCACUAG